CACGUGGAAAUCGACGGAGCAAGGACAAGAUCGAUUAUGCGAUGCAUGAGCGAUUAUUUGAAAUGAGAGAGACACGAAAUUUCGAGUGUCAACGUAGGACUAUGAUUUCAAGGCUUGAAAUGGCGAAGCUGGCUCUCCAAGGCUGAACACUUGUUUCGCGAUAUAAAAGAGAACUACGUUGGGCGUAUGAGGAAAAAUGGAUCUUCCCGUCGAAGCACGAAAAUCGAAGAUUGGCCUUUUUUUUAUCGCAGCUACAGGUGGAAUUGCGACAGCGAUCAGCGUCGUCUGUUUUCCAUUCGUGAGCCCGGCGUUUCGCAAGAUAUGCUUGCCAUACGUGCCGGCCACGCAUCAGCAAAUAAAGAAUGUCAUUCGAGCGUUAAACGGCCGCUCCGGCUCCCUGAUCGACCUCGGCAGCGGCGACGGGCGUAUUGUUCUCGCGACGGCAAAACGCGGCUUUAAGGCCCACGGUAUCGAGCUGAACACCUGGCUGGUGUGGUAUUCGAGACUCCAGGCGCUGAUUAACGGUCUGUCGAGCGACACCGCGUUUCUCAAGCGAGAUCUGUGGAAACACCAUCUGGGAAAAUAUGACAACGUCGUUAUAUUUGGCGUAGAUCAAAUGAUGGAAGAUAUCGAAAAGAAAUUCAAUAGUGAGUUGGGCAAGGACUCCCUUGUGAUUGCAUGUAGAUUUCCUCUUCCUAACACAUGUCCUAUUACGACGAUCGGACAUGGAGUUGAUACUGUUUGGGUUUACAAAAUGCCCUAGAGCUGAAUUUGAGGUAACAAAGAGAUACAGAUUGAAUAAAUGAAUUUUUUAUUUCCUAUAAAUUAUAAUUUAUAAGAAAUACAAAAAUAAUUAUACUUUUAAUACUAUGUAUGUUUAUUGAAAUACAAAAGACAUACAACAUUAAAGGUCUUCAUAGUUACAAUAAGAAAAUAAGUCUAUUUUUUCAAAAUAUUAUUCUAAAUUAUAUUGUAUCACGUAAUUAAAUAAAUUAUGUUAUUGCGUUUACAAAA